UAUCCGUAUCUUACCUUGAUAUUGAUUUAGGAUAAGAGAGCAAAAUAUUGUCUGAUAAGAGUGUACUAAUUACUUGAUUUUCAUAUCGUCGUUAUUAGUAAAUAUAAUCAUUGGAUUAGACGCAUGUUUUUUACUGUGACGAGAUUUUAUCAUCCCGGAAAUUUUGAGGCUUAUUCAGCCCACAAACAGAGAAUGUACUACACUUUCAACUUAACCAAGAUCCCAAGUUCAGACAAACUACUCCGAGCAGAAUUGCACCUUUUCAAACUGAAGCCGAAAAUUAAGACGGAUGCAAGGCGGCAACAUUAUUUUCAGGUUCAUCUUUUCAAAUUAACAAAUGAUGACCCAACGUCAACCGAGGACGCUGAAUUGAUUGGUAUGCGACUCAUAAGCACCCAGAGAACUGGUUGGGAAGUGUUCACCAUCACAGAAGCGGUCGAGAGCUGGAUAGCGAAUUCUACGAUGAACCUCGGCCUUCUUCUGACGGUAACGAAUCUAAACGGCGAGAUAAUGGAGGAAAGUGGUAUUCGAUUUGCCCAGCGAGGAAAACAUCAUGACUCGAAACAACCGAACUUAGUGAUAUUCAGUGACGAUGGCCGACCAAAACCAGCUGGACUACCACUGCCAAAGGAAGCAGGAGUCGACAGUGGAUAUGACUACAUCAUUGAGACGUAUGACAAUACGAAUACCGGAGAACAUGUCGCAGACUCGUCAGAGACACACAAUACAGAUACAACUGAAGAGUUCAAACACGUCAUGAAGCGUCAUGUAAUGACGGAGAGCAACUCAACAACAAAAUCUAACGACGAUUCUGAGAGUGGUAACCCCGCUAGAGAAAACCAUAAGGGGAAGACCCGUCGCAGUCAGCGAUCUGGUCCUUGCAGCUUGCAACCAAUGUACGUUGAUUUCAACGUUAUCGGUUGGUCCGAUUGGAUCAUAUCUCCCGAAGGUUACAACGCAAACCGGUGCGACGGCAAGUGUGCGUUUCCUCUUACCAGUCUGGUAAAUCCUAGCAACCACGCGUCAGUGCAGAGCCUGAUUAACACUCUUAAUCUGGGUAGCAACGUCGGAGAGCCAUGUUGUGUCCCGAAUGAAACAGAACAUAUAACGUUAUUAUACUACACAGAUGAUGACAACGUCGUGCUGAAACACUUCGACGGCAUGAUAGCUAAGAGUUGUGGUUGUCAAUAGACGAGAGUUCUGUUGCUCUUCCGGAUUAUUACACAUGUUAUCAAAAACAUCAACAUAUAUCGAAUUUUCUAUUCGAGUCUAAUUUCAAUGAAAAUUGAAAUUAGAAUGUUUACCCUUUUGGUGAACUUGCCGAUAUUAUAAGCAUCCAUCGGCAUACUUCAUUGUUUAAUGCUUAAUCGGCUAAGUUAAGUUUUUUGUAGCCUAUUACGCUAUAAUACAAAUAAGAACAUAAAUUAUUUAAAUUAAUAUCUAAAUGCAAAUAUAGACUGCUACAUAAACUAGUUUGGUGCAUAGUUGCCUCAGGUUUCGAUGGCAACGUUUGCUUGCGCCAUUUCAGUCAUUGGAUUGAAGUUAAAGAUGGCAGUAUUUAAAAGUUUGAAUACAAGAUAUUUAUUAAAUAAUAAUUAUCCGGUAAAUAUUGUUUUGCACUGUAAUAAACUGUAUAUUUCAUUUAGAGUAUGGAAUAUAUGGUAACAGACACGAGGGACUAUAGUUAAAUUGAACGCCCAGCUAAAUUAUUGGAUAUUUAUUUACCGUUGAGGGCGAGUUUUAUUUUACCAAAGUGGCAUAUAGAGGGUAUUCGAACGCUGUAUUCAUGUAUAAAGUUGUAAAUAAAAUACGUAUACAAAUUAAAUUCUGUAAUAUUAUUAAAUUGUGAUUUUUAAAUGAUAUAAACUAAACUAAAAUAAUAAUAAACAUCUUAUUAUCCGAUAAAAUAUGCACGGCUCUGUGGCUAUGUAAAAAUCUGUGGUACACCCAUGGAGUUUCUCAAAUUUACCUCAAUUGUAGUUAUGCAGACUUUAACAUAAAUUGUCUGACCUCGUGAGUUGUCACCACUAACAUUUGACUGCCUUGAUAUGUGAAAAAAAAGAAGAUAUUUUGUAAAUAAAUGAGAGUCAAAUAUAUGAUA